GAGAUACCUUCACAUUAGUCUCUCCUGGGCCUUGCAGACAACUGAGUUAGCCAUGCCCAACCCUGGCGGCUCUUCCCAAUUAUCUGGAUGAAGAGCUGAAUUUCUCGAUUGAGGUUUUCACUUCAGUGUCGACACCUUCGUCGAUAUGGUAGUUUGUUGCCAGAGCACAACAAAUCAAGAAGGGCUCUCAAGGAGGGCGUACUUGCUCUCUACGUACCCACGAGGCCAGUUUGCACUUGUGCUACUAUAAACAUGAGUCAUCUGUUGUCGAGCAGACAAGCUGAAGAACUGCACAAGUCAACUAUUGCAUACCUGUUGGCGAACAAUUUUCCAAAAUCUGCCGCUGCGCUUCGAGCAGAGCCGAACCUCGGCGAAGAUGUCUUCAAUGACACUAUGGUGAAAAAAUACGAAACGUUGCUGGAGAAAAAAUGGACAAGUAUUGCGAGGUUGCAGAAAAAGAUCAUGGACCUGGAGUCCAAAAUUACGGCAUUACAAUCCGAGCUCGACAGUGCAACGCCCAGCUCCCUCUCGAGGCGCUACCAAGAUCCCGCUUCCUGGCUUCCUAGGUCUCCUCGAUAUACUCUGGAAUCGCAUCGAGACACUAUAAAUUGCAUUGCUUUCCAUCCCAUAUUCUCAUCCCUUGCCUCCGGCUCUGAUGAUUUUACCAUCAAAAUAUGGGAUUGGGAGCUCGGCGACCUGGAAAGAACAAUCAAAGCACACACAAGAGCAGUGCUAGAUGUUGACUACGGUGGUCCACGAGGUGGCAUCCUUCUGGCAUCCUGCAGCUCUGACCUGUCCAUCAAGCUAUGGGAUCCGGCAGACGAAUACAGGAAUGUUCGCACCUUGCUAGGCCAUGAGCAUAGCGUCAGUGCCGUUCGUUUCAUCUCUUCCGGGGAUUCUGUCUCACCGAUGUCUGGGAAUUUGCUUGUUAGCGCAAGCAGAGACAAUGUUCUGAAGAUAUGGGAUGUCACCACUGGGUACUGCGUAAAGACAAUACAAGGCCAUACUGGCUGGAUCCGAGAUGUUUGCCCCUCGUUCGACGGCCGCCUCCUCUUGUCAACCGGAGACGAUAAGACCGCUCGAUUAUGGGAUAUUUCCUUCUCCAAUCCGAAAAACAUGUCCACGAUGGUUGGCCAUCAGCACUAUAAUGAAUGCUGCGCAUUUGCUCCACCUGCCUCGUACAAGUACCUUGCACCCUUGGCCGGAUUGAAGAAACCGCCACCUCAACAGCAUGCCGCAGAGUUCAUGGCGACUGGGUCGAGAGACAAAACCGUCAAACUCUGGGAUGCUCAUGGGACAUGCUUCAUGACACUAGUAGGUCAUGACAACUGGGUGCGAGCGCUUGUUUUCCAUCCCGGAGGCCAGUAUCUACUUUCAGCGUCGGAUGACAAGACGCUCCGGUGCUGGGAUCUAAGCCAAGAUGGGAAGUGCGUCCUGACAGUCAAUGGCGUGCACGAGGCCUUUGUCACUUGUUUGAGAUGGGCACCCAAUAUUGUCAAAGAUGCUCCCGUGCUUGAUGGUAGCACUGCUGCUGCAACAGACUCCCCUAACACACAGAUCCGUUGCGUUGUCGCUACCGGUGGCGUGGAUUCGAAGUUAAGGAUCUUCGCAAGCUAGAUUGGCGCAUGGAUCAAUAGUAACGGUACCAGACAUGACCAUUCAUACCCUCCCAGAAUGUGGAAAUGCCGUGUUUGACGAAUCAUACAUCUUGGGCACCCGGGCUUACAGAACCACGCAGAGCCGCCAAGAGCACCUCGUUUUGAUGUCUUUAUGGACAAUCGAGGAAUUCAACUUCCUGAGGUAUAGUAGACGAACAAUAACACUUCAGCAUCCGAAAUCUCUGGCCGAAGUAACGAAAACGAUCUCGGAAGAAGGUCGUUCCGGAUCUCGGCAUCUUACCUCGACUAUUGUCGGGAACACCGUCUUGGGUUGGCCCAUGCCAUUCCACCAACUUCCGGAUCACUGCAAUGUCAAGCGUGAAUGGCGCCUUGUCAGUAAUUGCCUGGACAGAUGAUGGAAAUGCAGUAUUUGAUGUCAGGAGACCUCUUACUGUGGAGGGGAAAGACCGGUAAGUAUCGCUUCUGGUCACCAGGCUACUGUGGAGGUCGGAAGGCAACAGGGCUAUUCUUCCAAACAAACCGAAGAAGGCUACCUCUUUGUUCUUCUAUUGGACCCCUUGCCAAUCUGCCUCUUGCGAAAUGGACGUCUCAGCUCACGAGGCAUCAAUAUGCCCUCUAAUCUUUGUCACUACCCUUACUAUUCUCCCUUCUCCUGUUGAUAUAUGACGUCUCUACCCUAGCUUUCGCCGAUCCCUGUCAAUGGCGGCACACCCUAUGAAGCUCGUUGUCGCAAACUCUAGCCACCCUGCCAUUGCUGUAUCUGCCGUUUGAACAGGGUGACGUGGGGUUUCCCUCUUCCGCCACAAGACCUGCAGUCACCACCACCCGGAGAGGUGCCUCGACCACCACAAGCCGAGCAAUUUGGGGCAUUUGGCUUGACUGUUCGUCCUGUCCCGCUGCAAGUUCCGCAGAGCACGGUGAUGUUCUUCGGAGCAUCUUGGAAACCUCUGCAAACUCUGCAGACCAUUUUCGAGAUGCUACAAAUGGUUAACGGAAGGGGCACAGAGGGACGGCCAGGAGAGCUCACUGAUAAAGGUUUGUUCGUACUUGUCCCCGUCACAGAGAAGCUAGACAGAUGUUAGCCUACUUAGACCAAUCGACUCCUAAGCAUAAGGCACCCUUCUCGAUAUAUCGACGAUGCAAGUGUUGAAAAGACGCGACAGUCCGCCAGGCUGCCGCCUCGACCAUCAGAAUAACCCCUCAAGGAGCAUAAACAAUUCCAGUUCAAGUCUUAUUUAGCUAGAUUCCUACAUAAGUGUCCUUCACCUUCAUACUUAAUUAUAAUAUUGCGUCAAUCUAUCUAAUACCAUAUUCGAAACCCCGCUUGAGCUCAAUCCUGAAUCUACAUAGCACUCCCAUAUCUCGUAAGGCCAUAAUGUCUCGUCGAUCAAACACAAAAGAUUUCAGCCCGCC